AUGGGUUCUCUUCCGAGAGAGUUUUCUGCUCCGCCUCAAAAGGUUGUCUUCAAGGGGUUCCUUUUCGAUAUGGAUGGUACUAUCAUUGAUAGUACCGAUGCUAUCGUUAAGCAUUGGCAUCAUCAUGGAAGAAGAAGUAUUGAUGUCUUGAAGGUUAUUGCUCCAGAGAAAGCAAGUUGGGAUUACGUAAAGUAUAUGGAAGGUCUUCUUCCUAAAAACUAUGGCGAUGACGCCGUCGAAAUCCCAGGUGCCCGUUCCCUUCUCGACUCACUAACCACUGGAAAUCAUCCCUGGGCCAUCGUAACAUCUGGUACUUCACCACUCGUCACCGGUUGGCUCAAUGUCCUAAAACUACCCAUACCCGAACAUCUAGUCGUUGCCGAGGAUGUUCCGAACGGAAAACCUGAUCCAACAUGCUACAAUAUGGGAAAAUCCAAAUUGGACCUCGAAGAUGCUCCCGAAGGUUCCAUCCUCGUCUUAGAAGAUAGUCCGGCCGGUAUUCGCGCCGGAAAAGCAGCAGGAUGUAAAGUUCUAGCUGUAGUUACUACACACACUAUCGAACAAGUGAUUGAAGCUGGUGCCGACUGGGUCGUGAAAGACUUAUUGAGUUUGAAAGUUGUCGGAAAGACUGAUGAGGGCAUUGAGUUGGAGAUUUCAAAUGCAUUAGUUUAG